GUCCUCUCUGCCCGAACCGCGUCUCUAUGGCGGCCGCGAAAGCCCAUUAAGGCGCAGAGCGACAUGAACGCGGAUGCUGGCGGCCACAGCGGCGCUGCGGUCCCUGCGCGGUCUCGAGAGGGCAGUCCCGUGGCGGCUGACUUCGUCCCGUCGGCGCUGGGGACACGAGAGCAUUGGGAUGCUGUUUAUGAGAGAGAACUGAGAACAUUCCAAGAAUAUGGAGAUACAGGAGAAAUCUGGUUUGGGGAAGAGAGUAUGAACCGACUAAUAAGGUGGAUGCAGAAACACAAGAUCCCAUCGGAUGCCUCAGUGCUUGAUAUUGGAACUGGAAAUGGUGUUUUCCUGGUUGAGCUUGUAGAAGACUUUUUGAGUCUUUCCACAAAGCUGUCUGGAUUUCAUGUUUGUGUUGACAAAGGAACUUUUGAUGCCAUAAGUCUUAAUCCUGACAAUGCAGUUGAGAAGAGGAAGCAAUAUGUGAAGUCUCUCUCCAGGGUGUUGGAAGUAAAAGGCUUUUUUCUAAUAACCUCAUGUAAUUGGACCAAGGCAGAGUUGCUAGAUGUGUUCAGUGAAGGAUUUGAACUUUUUGAAGAGCUGCCAACACCCAAGUUCAGCUUUGGAGGUAGAUCUGGAAAUACUGUAGCAGCUUUGGUUUUUCAAAAAAGUGAGACUUUCUUGGACAAAGUCAGUUAGCUUUCUAGAAGAAACUGUACCACAAAGCCUGAUACAGAAGAAGCAAGUGCAAAUAGUGCUUAGUAAGUACCCAGGCUGCACAGACUGAGUACAGAUAAUGGGGUGGUGGGAAACCACAUGUAUGGUCAUCAGCAUUUAGAUAUCAAGUAAGAAUAAUAUAAAAUUUUAUUUUGUAUUUGACAUAAGUAUUCUUGUGUUUUAUGGCAGUUUUCUGUAACUAUUAAUCAGUUGAAAGCCUCAAGGCAGUAAAUGAAUUUACAGAAAGCCUCUAUUCUUGUUUUUUGUGCCUUGGUAAAAGUUGAAUUGAAAAUGACAGUUUAUGAAGACUCGAUCAACCUGUUUCAAGGACAGAGUAGUUAUAAGUUUCUUUAUGCUUUACAGAGUAUAUAGUAUGAUAAGCACCAUUUUGUGUUGGUAGCUGGGAGACCUCCCUGAUUGCCAUGUUAUUAAGCAAAAUCAGAGAAGCUGAUGAAGUAUUUUUAUUUAUUUAUUUGUUUGUUUGAUUCUGAGACAGUGUCUCACUAUGUAGCCCUCAUUGGCCUGGAACUCAGAGAUUCAUCUGCCUUUGCCUCUCCAGGUGUGCACCACCACACUGGUAACUCUAGUCUUUACCCUGUGAAGGAUAAAUGGGUAGUUUAGGAAAAAAGAAUUAAGGAAUAUUGCUAAAUGCUUAGUCAAGUGUUAACUAAUGGUGUUUUAUUAAAUCAUUGAGUCCUCCUGUAUUUUCUCAAAGUAGUACUUGUUUAUGUAUAGAAGAACUACAGCUGACAGUGAAGACGUUUUUUGCAAGACCAGAUAGUACCAGGAGAAGUCAAAAUUCUUAGUUGGGUCUGAUAGACUCUAGAACCCUUCUUCUAACAUGGUCUACCUCACAGGUGCCAAAUCUAUCUUUAUAGCAUCAAAUUCAGUGCUAUAUAUAAAAUUCAGGUGGGCACUUACUUUAGGAGCUAUAUAGCCCUUUGUUAGUGUUGAUCACUAACAACUAAAUGGCUAGUGCUAGUCUGUGGACUUUGAGAAUAUUGAGUCAGCCACCUGAGUUUCAUGACAUUCAUUAUUACUUUUACUAUCUCUCUGUUUUGAAAGACUGUCCUUUACCAGGAACUGAAUUUUAAGUAAGACAUGACACACCUAUAAUCUUAGCAUUCAGGAGGCUGAAGUAGGAGGAGGAACUGGAGUUAAAAGCUUGGGCUAUGCAGUGAAACCCCCUUUCCAAAAAAAAAAAAAAAAAGUUGGGGAAAUUGCCAAGUAAACAUGAAGACCUGAGUUCAGUUCCCUAGCACCUGUAUAUAGCGCUGUUCAUAGCAGCAUGUGCUCAUAAUCUCAGUGCUCCUGAUCAGAGACAAGAGGAUUCCCUGAGGCUUGAUGGUCAGGCACCUAGCUGUGGAUCACUUGGCUCCAGGUUCACUGAAAGUCUGUCUCAAAAAAUAAAGUUGAGAGCAAUUGAGAAGGAUGCAUUGUUGUUUUGCAUUCGAUACAGUGGCUAGUGGCUGCACCUAAAGCAACUGCUGUCCCAACUGGCAUUUGCAACUUGGCAGCUACCAGUAGAGGUUUGGUCAUAUGGGCUGCAGCCAGGCUGGAAUUCUCUUUCCUCAGGCACCAGCUCUAUCACAACUGCUAAAGGAAACUUUGUCUAAAUUUCUAUCUUUCUGUAGAACUCAGGAUUCAAAGUUUGGGAGAAAUUCUGCUCGCUCAGAGAGGCUGAAUAGCAAGUAGUUAAACUCUCCUUGCUUGUGUCUCCUGAAAAAAAGUCUAUCCUUCUGCUCAGCCCUCACUAAAGAACCCUCGCUAUGCUUAGUUCCUCCCUACCUCUUCCUGUCAACUAGUUGCUAACUCAGCCUCCUGACCCCAGGUUAAUUUUAUUUAAUCAAGCAAAUGUAACACAUCUUUGCAUCAUUAACAAAGGCAGCAGAAACAAGUUAACACACCUUUACACAAUUAAAAUAAUAUUCCACAAUAAUACCUAAAGACAUUUGGCUUUUAUACACAUCUGUGUGCAGUGCACACCUGUGCAAACAAAAGAAAAGUGAAAACUGAAUUUUGUCAUUGAUCUUUCUGUGGAAGAGGGUUGUCAGUUGUAUGAAUUUUAAGGAAGAGAGAGAGAGACAAGGUGCUCUAUGAGCUGGUUUAUCUGGAGGGCAUUUAUAUAUUUGAAAAGGUAAAGUGUAUCUUUUAUUUGUAUCUAAUAUUUAAGUAAACUGUAUUUGGGACCAUA